AAAUGCAAAUGAAAACACAGUUUUGUAUGAAGCAGCUGUUAUAUUGAGAAGACGAAUUCAGCAAUCACAUGGCCUUGACAAUAUGUACUUUUCUGAAGAUGAGAUCAACAUUAACGAACAGGUCAAAUUCUUAGAUCCUUUAUUGUUCCAAUUUGUAAAUUGGGUAGCCUCUGAUUCAAAACUAGAAGAUAGUCAUAAUGAUCCAGACCAGAGAAUAGUAUCUGUGUGCUCAGAUAUCACAUAUCUAGUUAAACAUGUGAUAACUCCCAAACACCUCGGAUUAUCCAUAUAUCUCCACCACUCAUUCGGGAGUAAGAAACUGAUAGAGGAUUUACACAGUCACGGAUACACAUUGUCUUACAACGAAUAUAGACAGUUCUUAACAUCUGCAGCAUUACAUGCAUCAUCCAUGCAGAAGAAGACAUUUUCAGGUAUAUAUAAUAAUAAAUCUCAUGUCAAAUAUCAGUUACAGUUAAAUCUCUAUUUAAAGAUCACCAAUGGUUUCAUAAAUGUUUGGUCUUUAUCAACAUGUUAUAAUGGUCUGACAAGAGUUAAAAAUGGUGGUCUUUGCAGACAUGUUUUGUAAUGGUGGUCAUUAUUCACAGGUGGUCAAACCGACCACUUAUUAAAUACCUGCAGACUGCCUUUCAUAUAAAAGUGCUUUCCGUGAACGGAUGACAGCCAUUUUAAUAAUAUACAAUGUACUUAGUCUAAUAAUUAUUUGGUGUAAACAAUAUUUAUUAAUCACAAUUCAUGUAAAAUAUGUACAUUAUAUAUAACAAAGGUAUACAGGAUUGAGUAGGAAACUCUGAGCUUAUUUGAAAUUCUCUCCUUAUAUAACAUUAUAAUUAUACAAUACUUAUUUAAAUACAAAUGAAAUUUUACAGCAACAAUAACAAUAAUCAUUGAAAAUUCUUUAAGGUGUAAUCAUGUUUGGCUGGAGUGUAAUCAUGAUCUUUUUAUAAAGGUGCAAUUAUCCCUGCUCAUAUGUCACGGGAAGAAAGACCUGAUGAUGACCUAAUCGUAGUUGCAGCGGACAACUGGGACCACAACGAAGCAAUGCUUAGUGGGAAACAGUCUACACAUGCCAUGACAAGUAUCCUGGUAACUGGAAGCAACCGGUGUGCAUCAGAGCGCAUACCUAGAGUGUCAGAACGGUCAAUCAAUCUAUCAAGUCUACCAGGUGUUGGACUAUCAAAUACUCUGGUGUACAAGAAACCUACAAGCAGGCCAAUUCCACCAUUAUCUCCAGUUGAGAUCAGCGAACUCAAACCAUCCGAGCCCGCCGAAACUCAGAAGAUACGCACAAAUGAGUUAAUGUAUAACAUUAAUCGAUUAGUAACCACUGAAUGUCCGCCGUGGACUGUUUUUCAAACACAUGCAUUUCCUGAUUCAGUUCAAGAACCAUCUGAAAUUGUGUAUAAUCCAAUCAUCAUGGCACUUCCAAAUGAUCCAAACACGGUUUACACAACACUUAAACGCACAAAAGAGCAAGUAAAUGCAUUGGGUCAAUCUGUGUGUCCAGUAAUAUUUGAUAUGGGUUUGUUGACCAAAGCUCUGGAAAUUGUGUGGUCUAGACCUGAGGAAUUUGAAGGUGUUGUACCAAUUGAGGGCGGAAUGCAUUUUCUGAUGAGUCCUUUUGGUGGUAUCGGAUUUAUCUAUGGUGAUGCAGGGCUGAAACACUUAUUGGUUGAGUCAGACGUUUUUGCUCGAAACACCGCUGAUCAUAUACUGUCAGGCAAAGACUUUGAUCGGGCACUUCGAGCAUUGCUUAUGGUUGACGAAGUGCUAAACAGGCGCCUGUUGAUUAAUUUUUUCAGAUGGGCAGAGGACUAUGGCCACACUAUCCCGCUGUCUCUUUUUGAGAAGUUUAAGCUUCUCAACAUUAGAUCAAAUGGAUCUGACACAGUGUUGGCUGAAAUCGGCAACCAGAUCGAGGUGACAAUCAGCCCACUUUUGAAAAUGUUUCGUGCUGAAGGUAGGCUCAAUUCACCACUAUUUCAGUUCUGAGAUGAUUACUUGACUCAUGUUUCUUUGCCCCUCAAACUCUACCUUGCAGCUUCAAGGCAUGCACUCUGGGAUACCUAUAUGUACAGUAAGACCAUAUUGUUGCCGUUUCUCUUUUGUUCGAACCGCACUGUGUAUGCACGGUACAUGCCUUACAUGGUGAUGAACAUGAACCGUCUGCCAGAUACUCUGUUAUAUAGUUUUCAGAAAGGCAAGUUCGUAGCAAAACUCACAGAUGGCACGUUUAAUUGUGUUUGGAUUGAUUACGUAUUGGAGGUCACUCAGAAAUAAAGUCUGAAAUCAUCAGGUGGAAUAGUUGGAAUAACACACAAUGACAGUGCUUUGAUGCGAUGGUUCCUAUCAAGACCAUUAACAGCCAAGUAUGCAAUGGAGUUUCAAUCAGGGCAGAAACCAUCACACCAUGACCCUGGGAAACAUCACACAGAUACUCCUUACCAUAGGAAAGCAUACAAUGAGUCUGUUGAUCAAAUGCUUAAG